UUUGAUGAUGUUUAUAAAUCUUCAGAGGUUGAAACUUAUGAAGAUAAGGAUGGAGCUAGGGAAGAUGAGAUUGCUGCGCUUGGUGGCCGGACUGCGUCAGGGGUUAAUGUGUACUGUGCGUUUUAUGAUCGUUUGAAAGAGAUACGUGAGUAUCAUAGAAAGUAUCCUCCUGGACCUCUUGUUGAUGCCAGCGCGGACUACGAAGCACUUCUGAAGGCGAAACCAGUUAUUUCCUUCAGUGGAGAGGAAGGAGCUGGUCGGUACUUGGACUUGCAUGAUAUGUAUAACCAGUACAUCAACUCUAAAUUCGGGGACAGGGUUGAAUAUUCUGUUUACCUCGAUGUCUUUUCUCAUCCAGAGAAAGUACCUCGCAGACUGAAGUUUUCAAGGCAAUACAUGAAGUACAUGGAGGCUCUGCUAGAGUACUUGGUCAACUUUCUCCAGCGAACUGAGCCGUUGCAAGACCUUGACAGAAUGCUUUCCAAGGUUGAGGUUGAUUUUGAAGAGCAAUUUGCAGAUGGAAAAGUGAUAGGCUGGGAGAGCCACGGCCAGGAAAGUAAACUUGUUCCAUCUGAGCAUACUGUCAUAGAUCUUGGUUACUACACCACAGCUGAUGAAUUGACUGGUGUGGGACCUGAAAAGCUGAAGGAGGCGCUGGGGGCUUUGGGACUUAAAGUUGGUGGUACACUGCAGCAGCGUGCCGAGAGACUUUUCCUCACAAAGCAUUCGCCUCUGGAUAAGAAACAUUUUGCCAAACCUCUGCACAAAGGGAGACAAAAUGGAGAUGCCAAAGCAACGCAGGAGCCAGACAGUGCUAAACAGAUUGCACUAACAGAGGCCAAAGUGAAGAAGCUCUGCAACUUACUUGAUGAGGCAAUCGAAAGGACUAAGCAAAACAUUGAAAAGAAGCAGGCCAUGACGUAUGAAGAGAUGGAGGAAGAACGCAAGGGGGAGGAAGAACGGGCAGAGAUAGAAAGUGAUGAAGAGGAGGAAGGUGCCUUUCACAAUCCACUGAACCUGCCAAUGGGUGUGGACGGGAAGCCUAUACCAUACUGGCUCUACAAGCUUCAUGGCCUUGGCCAGAAAUUUGAAUGCGAGAUAUGUAGAAACAAAAUCUACAAGGGGAGAAGGGCUUUUGAGAGACAUUUUAAAGAGCCUCAACACCAAGAUGGAAUGCGUUGCUUGGGGAUCCCAAACACAAAGAACUUCAACGAGAUCACUUCUAUUAAGGAAGCGAAAGAACUGUGGCAGAGGAUACAGGAGAGGCAAGGAGUUAACAAAUGGAAGCCAGAGGUUGAAGAAGAAUAUGAAGAUGGUGAUGGUAACGUUUACAACAAGAAGACUUACUCUGAUCUUAAACGUCAAGGUCUCAUCUGAUUGUUCACAUUCAGGAAUGUGCUAGAGGCUCUACUUGAUUACAUUUCAUAUCUCAUCAGACUUACCUUUCUUCUUUAUAAUAUCAGACCAUUUGUCAAGUAUUGUCUUUACAUAAACUCAAACCUUUGAUUUGUUAUUCGAUUGACCAUUACAAAUCAAGGAUAUAAAAUCGUUACAAAAGAGAA